AUGUUGGUUUUGACAAGGUGGAGAAGAGUUUGGCUUUUGUUUAAAUGGAUUCGACUUUCGUUUAAUGUGGUGGUCUUGGAUUUUAACAAGGUGAAGGCAGUGAUCUUGGAUUUGUGUAGGAUUCGGCAUG